UAGAGAAGCUUCUUGUUGCGCUUCUGAACUGCUCAGCGUUCACAACAAACCAGAACAUUAUUCGGGAGUGUGGAGGUCUUUCAUGCCUUGUGACCCUUUUAACUCACCCUAAGAAGACCAUCAUCAUCAAGGCUGUACAAGUGUUGUCCAACUUGGCCAUGAAUGAAAAAAAUCAAGCUUGUUUAAAGGACAGUGUCUUUGAAAUUAUAAAGAACCUUGAAUACUGUGAUGUUCUUGAUGAUGAUGAUGUGAUCACUGAGCAUUUAAAACUAAUGGUUAAUUUGUCUGUGACAAAUACGGCACAUGAAGAGAUCAUGACAGGAGCACAAGCAUUUUUCGAUAUCCUCUGCCGUUCUCACUCAGAAAAAAUUCAGAAAGAAGUUUUGAGACUGUUGGUGAACUUGUCUUGUAACACAAAUAAUCUGGAAGGGUUACUGGGAUUAAAGCCAUUGCUGAUUUUGCAGACAUUCAUGCUCACAGACAACCAAGAUGACAUUGUUCUUAGAGCUGUAACAAUUGUGGCCAACUUACUUUCCAGCCCAGAUGGUUACACAGAGCAACAACAAGCUGUCAUCACGGAGCAUCUAAAUGUACUGUAUGGAGAACUAAUGCGACUUUUAGAUCACACUGAUGAGAACAUUCAGUCACAAGCCAAGAGAGCACUCAGAAGUAUAUUUGCUUUCAGAAUGAUGUACACAACAUGACAGAUACAAGGAUUUAAGUUUGGCUGGCUUAAAAUCAUGAGAUGAAAAGAAGAAAAUAUUAUUAAAAUUGCAUUUAUUUA